AGCGCAUGCGGCGCGCACACGACACCCGUACCGCGACGAGACGGGGAUAUCGGCUUUAUAAGACGCGGCGCGGUGCGCCAUCCGAGGCACCGCGCCGCACAUCCGACGGCCGAGGCGCCACCGCACCAAACACGCACGCGUAGGCGGCGGCAGCAGCACCUUUGCCGGACGGAUCCGCCCGCCUCCGCGGAGCGUGCGUGAGCAAGGAAGAAAAGAAACUCCCGGGAAGCGGCGGAGACCGACCGGGAACUUCUUCCUCUUCUUCCCCCGGUCCGCCCCGGCUCCGCGACAUGGGCGCGAAUGGCGCGCUGGAGGGGGAGGAGGAGAGGCCGCGGGCCGACGGGGAGGAGGAGGAGGAGGGCGGGGCGACGGUGUUCCGGGGCACCAACUACUCGCUGCCGCGGACGAUCGCGGCGCUGGCGCUGUGGCUCGGGGGAAUCCACUUCAACGUCAUCCUCAUCCUCGCCUCGCUCUUCCUCUUCCCGCUCCGCCUCGCCGCCCUGGUGGUGGCGUUGCAGCUCGUCUUCAUGUUCACCCCCCUCAACGACGAGGACAAAUUGGGCCGCAAAAUCGGCAGGUUCAUCUGCAAGUAUGCCAUGGGCUACUUCCCGAUUAGCUUGCAUGUGGAGGACUACAACGCCUUCGAUUCCAGCAGGGCUUAUGUGUUUGGCUAUGAACCGCAUUCUGUGCUGCCGAUCGGCGUGGCGGCUCUGGCGAAUCAUGUCGGGUUCAUGCCUCUGCCUAAGCUCAAAGUCCUUGCGAGCAGUGCGGUGUUCCACACCCCAUUCCUGAGGCAGAUAUGGACAUGGAUAGGACUGAUUGCUGCAACCAGGAAGAAUUUCUACUCCUACCUUGCAGCUGGUUACAGUUGCGUCGUGGUGCCUGGAGGUAUACAGGAGAUUCUUCACAUGGAUCAUGAUUCCGAGGUUGCUUUCCUUAAUUCAAGAAAAGGGUUUGUCAAGAUAGCUAUGCAGGCUGGCUGCCCUUUAGUCCCUGUUUUCUGCUUCGGACAGAGCAAAGCUUACAGGUGGUGGAGGCCAGGAGGCAAAUUGUUUGUGAACAUUGCUAGAGCACUUAAAUUUACUCCCAUCAUCUUCUGGGGAAGAUACGGGACACCGAUCGCCUUCUCGUCACCUAUGCAUGUGGUUGUUGGUAGACCCAUUGAGCUGAAGAAAAAUCCUCUGCCUACCAUUGAUGAGAUAAACGAAGUGCACGGGCAAUUCGUCGGCGCGUUGCAAGAACUGUUUGAGAAGUACAAGACGAAAGCCGGAUAUCCUGGCCUCCAUCUGAGAGUCCUAUAACACUUUCGUGUGGAGAAUAAGUGGCUUGUAAUAUCACGGCAACUCGGCGACGCUUGCGGCCUGUUUGAUCAUUGCACGAUCACUAGUACGAAGCUGGAGUUUGUCCGAGUUGUUAGGCCAUGAUGUUGGUACUGGCAAGUGUUGAUGAUCACACGGCGCCUUUCUUGUGACAGAAUUGUCAGUUCCCACUGGUUGCUCAUAAUAUAAAGCCUCGUGCAAGUCGAUCCUUCA